AUGGCUUCUUUAAUUUUAGAAAAAGUAGCAAUAGUGGUGUUUUUUUGGACCGUUGUACUAAGCAAUCAAGAAUUUUUGGAGUACUACCAACCACGUCCCGAUUUUCCCAAAGAGCUCAAUGAUUGGCUAGCGUAUGUUCAAGGACACCGAAAUGACUUUAGAAUAAUAAGGAACAUUGUUAAAAGGCGAAAAGCGGAAGUGGAUUAUUACGAUGAAAAGGAAGCAGAUAAUAAACUCUUAAGCGAUUUAGAAGGUGUAGAAGAAGAAACUCCUCAAAACGAUAUCUAUCCACACAGUAAUUUAGCAAAAAAGGAAAAAAAUUAUGAUUCGAACCUCAAAACACAAAACAAAAAUAAAAGGAAAUUAACUAAACCAAGCAGAACUCGAAGAGAGUCUGAUGAAAAUUCUUUUUUUGAACACAGAAAUAGCAUAGAGAUUGAUCCAAAAAGCAAAAUAGGUGAAAUUAAACGACCAGAAGCAAAAUAUCCUGAUCAGUUUAUUAACCGCGGCAAAGAAGACAAAAGAGAAAUCCAAAUUGACAUUUUAAAUGACGGAAAAUUACUUAAAUCCAUUAAGGAAAAUAAUAAAGAACCAAAAUCAAUAGUGUUAAAUAUUCAAAAUGUAAAGGAUCCACCACCUUUAUUAAAAGAUAACCAGCCUAAACCAUUAGAUACCCACGUGAUACCAGUAAACUCACCACAAAGGAGUAUAGAAAGUGAUAAUAAUGCAAAUAAUAAAGAGGCAGCUUCCAAUUUCAAGAAUUUGUUUACUGUUAACGAAAACCUAAACACGGAUAGUAGUGUCGCUAGGGAUGCUUUCGCUAAAACUGCUCUGGUGUAUCACGUUUCUCUCCCAAAUCCUAACUUUAUCGUUCCACAUGAUAGCUCCAAUGGCACAGAUUUAAAUGAAAAUAAUUUCCAACGCAACAAUUUUCGAGAUAUGAGCAAAUACUGGAGUGAUUCUGAAAAAAAUCAAUUGCAACAAGGUAUUCAGUUUGCCCAGGAAACUGGAAAUUUGAGAAAACAAAAAACAAAUGAUGGAUUUGAAACUGCUAGGACCAUUGUCGUAGAGCAUGUAGGUAAUAGACCAGUUAUGGAGACUGAGCAAGAUGGUAGACUCCAAAUGAAAAGAAAUUUACAAACUUGGGACGGUAAAGUACGGUUUGGAGGUCCCAUUGUAUCGACAAGAAAUGAAGACGGUGAAGAUAUGCCAUUCGAUGAAUUAGAAAAUAAAAUGAAAAGUAAUAUAGAAAAUACACGCCAGGUUUCAUUCCCUAAAAAUGAACACAAUCUGAAAAAUCACAAGAAUGUGAGAAAACAUCAGAUAAUUAUUGUUACUGACAGAAGAACAAAUGAAUUUUUAGAACCAAACAACGCAUUCGAUAUUCCAACAGCCCCACAGAAAAUAGAUGAAAAUAUCAAUAACCACAUAUCGAUAACUAUAGUUGAACCACAAAAAGAUGAAGAACCUGAAGAAGAAACGAAAAACGAAGAGCAUCUACCACUUAUUGCGACACUUCCGAACCCAAUAGGCGAGGAAUUAUUAAAUUUGGAUUCUACAAAAGAUUCUGAGUGUACUGACAAUCCAGAAUAUAGAGCAAAACAGCAACUUAACCAAAAUUUUGAUUUAAAGAAUAUUAAAUUAAGUAACCUUGUUAAUACAACUAUAAAAGAAACUGAUAUUCCCGAGUACGAUGAAAACAGUGAAAAAAAUGAAGAUAAUUCGUGUGAAACAGGCCAAUGUUUAGAUGAUAACCAGAACCUAAACAAUAAUAUUGAAACGCAUAUAGAACCCAACUAUGAGUAUCCUAAUAAUAAAGUACAUUUAGAAACAAAAUAUGACAAUAAUGAUAGUCAAAUAAUCCAAAUGGAACCAAAAUAUGAUAAUCAUAAUAGUCAAAUGCGUGUAGAAACAAAACAUGAAAAUAUUGAUAAACAAAUGUCAAAUAAUGAAAAUCCUAACACUCAAAUGAAAGUAGAAUCAAAGUAUGACAAACCACAUAAACAAGAACAUGACGAUGAAGAUAUUAGAGUGAGUAUCGAACCCCAACCUGGAAGAGCUCAUCCUCAAAUGUAUAAAGAAAUACACGACCAAGAUCACAAGAGAUAUUUAUCAAGACAAGGAUCCUCAGAAAUUAUGAGAUUACCUGAACUAGGAAAUAAUGCACAAACCGAUUGUCAAGGUCCACAUUGCAAUGAAGAAGAACCAUAUUGUGAAGGUCCCAAUUGCAGAUCGUACAAGAAUUUUCCAAAAAUUAAACAUAAAAGAAAUCGUGGGAAAAGAAGACAUAAACAUAGACACAACUAUGAUAACUCAGCUAAUGAUUAUAUACCUGCAUAUAAAAUAAGACAAUUAAAAGCAGUAAAUUAUAUUUACGACGCAGAUUUAGAAUCCCCCGAUGAAGAAGCUUCGGAUGCUGUAAUUUCUUCUGAAAGAACGAAGCGCUUGGGUGCAAAUAGGAAAGAAUAUGUGGAAGGUGACUAUGGCGAUGAAGAAGAUUCUGUCUCUUUGAAAAGUAACGUGUCUUCCAAAUUAAUAAAACAAGUUGAUAAUAUUUUUGCAAAUCCUCACACAACUUGUGAACCAGAUGAUGAAGAUUAUUAUUAUGAUGAAAUUGAUGAAAAAGGUACAAAUGCCAAAAAAACUAAUGAUAAUAAAGAUCAGUCAACAUCAUUACUUCAUUCUGAAGAUGACAAGGUGAGUCUGGGACGAAGACAACAUAAAAAAGCCAAAGUUCUUCAAAAACAAGGUCAAGCUAAAGAUAUAUCCAAAGCAAUACAAACUCAAAUUCGAGAACCAAGGGCUAGUGAAGAUUUGGCUCAAUUACCAAAGUUUGUCAUAACAGAUAAUUUGAAUGAGGAGAAUUUACGGAAAAGAUCGUUAGUACAAAAGAAGGAAGAACUGAAAAACAAGUUUCCUUUGUCUUCAAAAAGUUUUUUUCCAAGUAAUAAUGUCAAAAGGAGAGACUCUAGUGAUACAGAUAUGUUUGGAGCAUCUGCAGCACCUGGAGCUGAUAAAACUGCUACAGUUGCCGAUGCUCUCGGCGGUGGUGCAGGUGGGGUCAAUGGAGCAGAUUCUAAAGAUACUAGUGAUGCCCUUGGCCAAACUGAACCCACAGCGAGUGUUGCAACAGAUGAAUGUGAAAGUAGUCAUGUAAGCAUUGGACCUGUGUGUGAAACAGAUAAUUUCACUAAACUCAAAGUCACUACCAUGCUGAAUCUUGUAGGAGCUGGAGAAAAUCAACAAGAUCUAAAUAAUUCAUUACCAUCUAUAAACGAACAAUAUCAAAAUUUGGAAGAUAUUCUCGUUGGACGAUUGCCACUAUCCAUUGUAGAUUCUGUUUUCAAGCAUAUGAAAAUGCAUCCAACCUUUAAACAAAGAUUUUUUAGAGGAAUGAAGAAAAAGAAUGCACCGAUAAGCUUUAAAAAUCUUCCCGAGAUUAGUAGCAAAGAAAGCAACAAGUUAAUCAGAUUGAUGUCGAAAAUAAUUAACAGACUACAGUGGACAACAACCUGCCAAAUUUUACCCAACAAACUCAAACGUUACCUAAAAACGAUUACAUCUGUUAAAAUUGAAGAUCGCCUAACGAAAACGAAAGCGAUGGAAGAAAUAGAGCUAGCAGAAAACCAAAAUCAAACCAGUUUUAUUUUCCAUUCCAACAAUGGAGUAGAUAACGUUGAGGAAAAAGUUAGGGUUCUUAAAAAUAUGCUAAUAAAAUACCAGCAUUUACCAGAAAGUUGUAAACCUCGAGCUGAACCAGUGAAGGAGUACAUUGAAAAUCAUUUAGAUAUGUUAACACAUGCCAUGUCCAGUAAUAUGGCUGGAACCCGUAAAUCGGAGGGAGAAGCACCUAAGGAACCAGCUGGUGAAGUUCCCCAUCAUGAAGCAGCCAAGAGAAACGAAAAAGACGAGGACACUGAUUUGAUCGAACACGAACUGGAGAGUUUGGGUUUAGGAAAACACCCCAAUUUCAGACCCAACUUCGAUUUAGAAACACUUUUACGUAGUCCUGAUAGAUCCGGCGAUCAAGCGGGAGAGGAAGAUAAAAACCUAUUAUCGAAAAAGACAAACAAAAGAUCUGCCGUAAGUAGAGAAACAUCAGAUCAAUACGAUCGGCUAUUAGAAGCAGUUAAAAAGGAACGAAUAAAAAGGGAAGGGCGAAAAAAAAUAGCAGCAGCUUUUGGCAAACUCAGCAUUGACGAUUACAAAGGUACAAAUUCAAAUAAUGCCAUUAACGAAGUAUUUGAAAACCCCUUAGUUUAUUCGUUUUAA